AUGGCGCCAAUUUCUAUAUUGUCAGAAGAGGAGCGACGAAGAAAGAUUGUCAAUAUCAACUCCGAAACGGUCACCAACACAACCUCUAGCUACUUCCCAGGCCACUAUCCUGGCGAAGACCAUACCUGGUCUCUCUCCAAAUUUAAGAACAGCUUUCGCGUCCGUUUUCACCAGAACGAAACAGAUAAUGCCUCAUUCUCUCUCAUCGGUAUUGACGCCUCCAUAGCAAAUGCCUUCCGCCGCAUCCUCAUUGCUGAAAUCCCCACGCUUGCAAUCGAAUAUGUGUACAUUGAAGCCAAUGAUUCCGUCAUAUCUGAUGAGGUACUCGCAGCACGAUUAGGGCAGAUACCGUUGACAGCUUCGCGGGACGGGCUGAGAUGGCUGAACUACAUCCCUCGGCCUCCCCAGGGUAUGUUGGGUGAGGACAGUGGGAAACCUGAAGAUGACAGGGAACCCAAGGAUAACGAUACCAUUGUGCUGAAACUACAUGUUAAGUGCGAAUGGAAGGACGGGAAAAAGAAGGGAGCAGAAGGGACACCAGAGGAAUUGUACGAGCACAGUAAUGUCUAUGCAAGCGAUCUGGUAUGGGAGCCACAGGGGAGGCAGGAAGAGAUGGUCACUGAGAAAGAGGGUGGCGGGGUUAGAACUACGAAUCCGAGGAUAUUGCUUGCGAAAAUCAGGCCGGGAGAUGAGAUCCAGAUGGUAUGCCACGCUGUAAAGGGAAUCGGGGCCGACCAUGCAAAGUUCUCCCCCGUGGCGACCGCAGCAUACCGAUUGAUGCCCACCAUAGACAUCGUGAAGCCUAUCUUGGGUACUGAUGCUAAGAAAUUUGCAAGGUGCUUUCCAAAGGGAGUUAUUGGUUUUGAGCAAGUCACCAAAGAGGAGAGCCAGCAGAAGGGAAGUGGAUAUGAGGGAAACGCAGGCGAAAAGAAAGCAGUCGUCAAAGAUUCAAUGAGAGACACAGUUUCUAGAGAAUGUCUAAGACAUGAGGAGUUCCAAAAGAAAGUCAAAUUGGGUAGAGUGAGGGAUCAUUUCAUAUUCUCGGUCGAAAGCACAGGGCAAAUAGCCAGCGACGACUUAUUCAUUGAGAGCGUACGGAUUUUAAGAGGCAAAUGUAGAGCGCUCAAGGGACAAUUGGCUGAUAUCAUGCGAUGA